AUGCAACUGUUCCUUCAGCAGUUUGUGAAUGAAGUGAACAGCCCAGGGGUAGUGAAGUGGGCUCACAAAGGCGACAUUCAAAUGUCAAAGCCUUAUGUAUUGUGUGUCUCCGUUGAUGCACCUGCAAUGGCAUCAGUGCAGAAUAUGGUCACUUUCAAUGGAUAUUUUGGUUGCACAUGGUGCCUGAGUCGAGCAGAGCACCGGGAAGGGAGCAUGCACUACACAUUGGUGUCACCGAUUGAACAGAGAACUUCAGACCGUGUCAAGAGUGAGAUGCAUCUGGCAAGCAGGAUUAAAGACACCAUCAAUGGCUUAAAGGGACCGUCGGCCUUGAUGAAUCUGAAAGGUCUGGACCUUGUGAACGGAUACAGCGUUGAAUAUAUGCACUGUGUACUACAAGGUGUUGCAAAGCAGCCGACGGAAACAAUUCUAUCAAGUUCGAACUCUGAUCAGCGUUUCUAUAUAGGUGCACCAUCAGCACUUUCCCGAAUACAUCUGCGGCUGCUGUCCAUCAAGCCACCUCACUGCAUCACACGACUGCCACGGUCCAUUCAAGAGAGAAUCCAUUGGAAGGCAUCUGAAUGGAGACACUGGCUCCUUUUCUAUGCCUUGCCUUGCCUUAAUGAGAUUCUUCCUCAAGAGUACUGGAGGCACCUCUCCAAGCUUUGCGAGGGUAUAUAUAUGCUGCUUCAAGAGGAACUUACCAAUUUCGAAAUUGACAAAGCCGGUAAGGUCCAAAAGCAAGUGCCAGUGCAUGCAUACAAGCCAAGUUGGAACUCAAAAGCCGAUAUGUGA